ACGUAAGCCUAGCAACAGCGCAGGCUCCCGGCCAAGACCUUUAUGGCCGCAGCUGCCUUGCGGAGGAUGAGGAGGGCCUCGCAAGCGAAACUGCUUCCCGGGCCCGGCAUUCAGACCCCCGGAGGGCUGGCGUGGACACUGGUCCUCGUGCUCCUGCUGGCGUCCGCCAUGUCCACUGCUCUUUCACUAACAGAAUCACCGGACCAAACUGUACAAAGCUCACAUAUUUCUACUUCAAAUAUGAAAGCUGUAACACAAGAAAACCUGAUCAAAUCUUCUAUUUCCCAUAUCAGUACCACUCUCCCUCCUGCAACCAGUACAGAGAAAAGUAGAAGAGCAUCUGCAGCCCCCCAUCCCUCCCCUACCACUUCUCUGUCCCAAGAGGAAGCUGAUAACAAUGAAGAUCCGAGCAUGGAGGAGGAGGAUCUUCUCUCAUUGAAUAGUUCUCCAUCUACAGCCAAAGACACUAUGGACAAUGGAGAUUAUGUAGAACCAGACUAUGACUGGACCACCAGCCCCAGGGAUGAGUCCGAUGAGACUUUAGAAGAAAACAGGGGUUACAUGGAAAUUGAACAGUCAGUGAAAUCUUUUAAGGCCCCAUCCUCAAAUGUUGAAGAGGAAGACAGCCAUUUCUUUUUUCAUCUUAUUUUUUUUGCUUUCUGUAUUGCAAUUGUUUAUGUUACAUAUCACAAUAAAAGGAAGAUUUUCCUCCUAGUUCAAAGCAGGAAAUGGCGUGAUGGCCUUUGUUCCAAAACAGUGGAAUAUCAUCGUCUAGACCAGAACGUUAAUGAGGCCAUGCCUUCUCUGAAGAUUACCAAUGAUUAUAUUUUUUAAAGCACUGUGAUUUGAGUUUGCUCAUUAUAUAAUUUUAUUUGCUUGACUUUUUAUAUGAUAUUGUGCAGUUGUUUGCCAUAGGCAGUUGGUACUUAAAUGAGAGGCGCAUGUCUCUCUUUUGCCUUGGUGCUUUGGAAAUUGAAUGUCACAAACAGGGAGUAUGUGAUUUUUAAAUCUACAUUUUUAGAGCUGAAUUAAAUCAGGUGUUGUCUGAAAUGUGAGUUAAGCAUUACCUUACAUUUACACUGGUAGUUUUUGUUAUUUUCCAUUCAUUGUACUUGUUCUGGAAGUAAUGCUACUUUUAAAGAUCCCAGACUUGUAACUAAAUUCUAACAUAGUUAGUACUAUUGACUUAGAGUCAUUCUCUGCCAUCCAGGUACUAUUUUUUAAAGACACAUUACUUUGCGGUCCCAAGCCAAAAUAUGCAAGGGUAUUUGUAAUAGUACUUUGCAUUCAAGUAACACACUUUUUUCUCUACAGAAAAUUGCUUUGUGUAUUUUAGGCAAUUAAAAUACAGUUUAAGAUAAUGAGACUGCUCAAUCCCACUACAGUUUUAGGUAGCAUAUUAAAUGUGUCUAAAAAUUCUGGCAGAAGAGACUGAAUUUUCAGUGAUUGUAGAUAAAAUAUUAUAUAGAUAUCAUUUUUUGGUUUGAAUUAUUGAAUUAAAUUACAGGUAGAAAUUGGUAAAAUGUUAAAUAGACGAAGAAUUACUUUUAGUUAGCAGUUGAUUGAACCACAGGUUCCUCAAAAAUUUCAAGCAGUGGGCAGAGUUUAAAAUUAUAUCAUUUGUUCAUUUUGGUUUUUAUUGUAUAGUAAGUUUGAGUAAAUUUUAGGGCCCAUUGUCACUUAAAUAAGACUGUAUCUCAGUCUUUCAAAUUAAAAUUAUGCCUGAAUGAAAUUAUUUGUAAUUGGGCUGGGGAUGUGGCUCAAGUGGUAGCGCGCUCGCCUGGCAUGCGUGCGGCCCGGGUUCGAUCCUCAGCACCACAUACAAACAAAGAUGUUGUGUCUGCCGAAAACUAAAAAAUAAAUACAUAAAUAAAUAUAUUAAAAAAAAAUGAAAUUAUUUGUAAUUAUUUGAAAUUAUUUCUUGUUUGUUUAUUUUUUAUAGCAACUGGAAGUUAUUUACUGUAUUUCCUUUGAGUCUGUCUUUCUAUCACAAAGAAUUGAUCAGUAUGUAAAUAAGUGAUUUGAACCAUGUUUGACUUACAAGUGUCACUACAACUUUUCAGAAAGCAUCACCUCUACUAUGUGUUAAACAAGGCCCGGGCGAGCCACAUUCAUGUGCUUUGUGUAGAGAGAGAAGAAGCAGCACCGUCCAUCCUUCCUCUUGGCUGGACACUUGACUGCCCCAAUGAGGAAAGGAAGCACGAUGGAAAUACACCCAAACUGUUUUAUUGCAGUAGUUUUUUUCAUAUUUGAAAUCGUACUAUUUAAUAUUUUGAAUAAGAUUUUAAAAAAUAAAUCCAAGAUAUAAUUCCAGGA